GAUUAGUGAGUCAGUAUACAUUUGUACUCCAUUUCUAUCACUAUCCUCCUUUUGAUUAAAGUCAUAGCUGCCUCCGAAUAUUUACUGUGAAAGACAGUUCAAGGAUAUUUAGUGUUUUUUUUUUAAGCCCACAGUUUCACACACUGUCUUCAAAAUGGAACCCUCUUUGGAUGUUAUCAGUGUGGUGUGUAGUUAGUAGUUAGUAGGUGUAGAUACUGUUCCUUGAGCCUCAGUUUCUGCAUUUGGGAACAGUUUCUGCAAAGGGAAGGGUGUUGCUUUGAAGGAGAGAUGUGAGGGUUUUCAAAUGACUUGGUGUAUCAAUGAAAAGGGCCCACGGUGGAGGAGGUGAACAAUAGAUGCUGUGCCUCCUGCUUUCAUCUCUCUGACUUUGGAAGUAGGGAGAGUGACCUGUGUACUUCUGCUGACUUCGUGGAUUUGGGGAUUGGCUGAAUUACUUGACGUGAUUUUUGGAUGUUCCCCCUCUUCUCACCCUCCCCGGCUUUGGAAGAGAUGUUCUGGGGGCUGAAGGAUUUGUUUUGUAUUUGUUUUUCUUCUCUCUCUUUUUCCUUCAAAUGGACCAUGAAGUUCUUUUCCUGCUGGUUGGCUGCAUCCUGAGUUCCCCUCUCUUCUCUCUCAUGUACAUCUAGGACUCUGGAGUGGCUUUUAGAAGCCUGGUUAUCAUGCACCUGCACUGGGCCAGAUGGCAGGGGAAGGCUUGCCUAGCCCUGCCCUGGGAGGAGGGCUGCCUCUCUGUUUGUUUGCGGGUCUUGAGGGUGCUUGCUUUAGAAGACCCUAGGAAGAUGACAUUUUCUCUAAUGAAGGACUACACCAGCAAAAGAAGUCAGCAGAAAUUGUGUUGGGCCACAAAUCCAAAGACCUGGAUUUUUGACCUACUAAGGGGAGUGGUGCAGAGCCAAGCCAAUUUGCUCCGAAUCCCCCUUUCUCAUCCGUGAAGUGCAGGAAUUGAUGGCUGGGCUCCUGGAGUCACCUACUUCAUGCCCUGUAGUCUUCUGACUCAAAUACCUCUGGUGUGAUGUGUGAGCCCUAGUCUGUGGAGAAAACCAGAUGGUCCCUUCCAGAUCUUCCAGACUCUAGAUCCAUGUACAUGGUUCAAGCUUCCUCCCCAAGGGUGCUAAUAAAAACCAGUUCUUGCAGCUAUUUCUGUGUCUGGUGGUCUCCUAGCCACAUGUCCCCUGAAGGCAGGGAAACUGGGAAUGAGAGUGUGGGCAAAAGGCAGAUCAAAAGCAAAGCUUGAAUGAAGGUGGAGGGAGGGAUCUUGUCUAUUAUUGCUGCCUCUUUCUAUCUGCCCUGGAAAGGAUUGGAGAUGAGGCUGUGGUAAGACCCCAGCCUCCCUCAUCCAAGAAGCAGCAGUUUGUUGGUUGAGAGCACAGACUUAGAAGCUGAAUGACCUGGGUUUCGAUCUUUGCUGCAUGACCUUGAGCCAUUUACUUGGCUUCUGUUUCACCAUCUGUAAGAUGAGGAUAAUAAAACUGCCUACUUCAAAAAUGUAAAAGUACCUAUCUCAUAGGGUUCUCAUGAGAAUUAAAUGAAUAUAUGUGAAGCUAUGCUAUGAAGUACCAUAGUAAGCACUAUAUUCAGGUCAGCUAGUGAUAUUCUGUUUCUGUAGGUAAUUGUGAAGGGAACUGAUUAUCUGUUUUCAAAAAAGUUGCAACCACUUACCGAAAUGUCAACAUCAUCCUGUUACUUCUGAGGAAGAAAAAAGGUUUGAGUUAUUACCUCAGCUCUUUUCAGGUCUCCGCAUGUGUUUUAGUUAAUGGUUCCCUCAUUUGCCUUAAUUUGUAAGCAGUUGAUACUCAUUGGUGAGAAUGAGAACAGCGAUUUCUCCAUGAUCCUCAUACCCUCACCCCUGGCAGGGACUGACUGAAAUACCCUUGGUUUCCACCACUCAGACCUUGGGUCUGACUUGCCUGGCAAAUGAGGAAAAAGACCAACAAAUAUCUAUGCUUGAUUCAGCCCCUGCUCUGUGCCAGGCCCUGGUGUCUGGCUUGAUGUCCUCAUUUCCCUCGACUGCCCUGUGCUUGGUGUACACAUGCUGGCUCCCCUGUGCUCCGUUUUAAGGCCUAACGAGGAGGAGCUGAGGAUGAAGAGUGCAGACGAUAAUACCCCUGCUGUGGCAGAGCGUCCUGAUGUCCAGGAGUCAGUGGGUCCCUUGGUGGCCCCCACGCCUCUCCGUCCGUGGCCCCAGAUGACACUUCAGGUUUCUGAAGUUACAGUGACUGGCAAACCCCCAGAGGAAGGUGAUGUUCCCAGAAGCAGUCCACCUGUGGCUUUCACAGAGGUCCCCCAGGCACCGGCCAUCAGGAUUCCCCUCUCUUCCUCCCUCUGUGGCCUGGGUGGCUCUCCCAGGGACCAGGCCUCGGGGCCCGAUGCAAGUGAGGGGGCAGCUGGGCCUUUCCUGGAACCCAGCCAGCGACAGGUGGAGGCUACGUGGGAAGUAUCCAGAGAGAAUGGAAGGGGCCGAAAGGACCCCACAGUGGGAGCUAUCAUGGAUGAGACCCCUGGGGGUCUGGAGGUCGUGAGUGGGUUGGAGGAGCUGCUUGGCGAGGACACCAUUGACCAGGAGCUGGAGCAGCUCUACCUGUCCCACCUGAGCCGCCUGCGGGCUGCCGUGGCUGCUGGUGGGACAGGAGGUAGUGGGGAGGGCCCCACAGAUGGGGGGGUAUCUCCCAGCCAUCCCCUGGGCGUACUCACGGACCGCGACCUGAUCUUGAAGUGGCCUGGCCCUGAGCGGGCCCUGAACAGUGCCCUGGCUGAGGAGAUCACGCUGCACUAUGCCAGGCUGGGGCGUGGUGUGGAGCUCAUCAAGGACACCGAGGACCCUGAUGAGGAGGGAGAGGGGGACGAGGGGCUCCCCAUCAUACCCUCCAGCCCAGAAGGGGACACCCCCAAGGAAUCGCCUCCGGAAAUCCUCUCUGGGGCCCAUCCUGUGGUAGCUACUAUGGGAGAUGUGUGGCUCCCGUGGGCAGAAGGCUCAGGAUGUAACAGCCCUGUGGUUCUGAGUAUGGAGGGUCAGUUCACUGGGGCUCCAGAGAAGGGGAUGGGCAAGGACGCUGACUCUUUGCAUGUGAAUAGGGUGAUAGCUGGGGUGACUGGGUCACCAGGGGGGACAGAAGUCCAGAUGGAGUUUACCACUGAGUUGGCAGACAGAUCGGUUUCUAUAUUCGGCAAGGAGCCAGCUGCUCCAGUCCUGCAGGGGCAAGAUCUCCCCCUCCUUGGUUCCUUGGGGGCUGAAGUCUGUCCUUCCAGCCUGGCCAGGCCCCAUGUGAGCUCCCAGGAUGAAGAGGGUUCAGGCCCAAGCCUUGAGCCCCCAAAGAGGUCUCCAACCCUAGCAGCCCCUGCAGAGAGUGUGUGUGUAUUGCCUCCCCAGCUCUGGGGGCCCUUGACCCAGACUCUGGGGGUCCUGGCUGGGCUGGUGGUGGUCCCUGUGGCUCUGAACAGUGGUAUGUCCCUCCUGGUGCUUGCGCUGUGCCUCUCUCUGGCCUGGUUCUCGUAGGAGCUGCUUGUGAGAUCAGCAAUAACAGGCUUCCCCCUCUCUGGGGAGGGGUAGCCCCUCCCCCCAGAGGGUUCAGAUGGGAUGUGUGGCCUGUACAGCGAAGGGUCCUUUGCUUCUGAGAAUGCUUGACUGGAGAGAGGCCUUCCUGUCCCUUAGCUCUCCAGUCAGCGUGGGGCUCCCUGCGGUGAUACCAGUGGAGAGAAACAGCAUGGGUGGAUGGUGUGAGUGAGAACUUUCAGAAUGGAAUGGGGCAUGUCCUCCCUUCCCAUCCCGCCCCCCCCAAGCCUGUAUUUAUUUUUGUAUAAUUCUCUGGAUGAGGGAGAGUGGUCAUGAGCUGGUCUUGGGGCACAAUUACCCAGAGAUAUAUUUAUUAACAGCCAACCUGUGCAACCUGCUGGAGCUUUAUUUUUAAUUUAAUUUAUAUAGAGUACCUAUUAUUAUAUGCCACAAUACAGCUCUAUGAGAAACGAUGUGUCUUGUUGUGCAAUGUUCUCCUGUUCGGGUCUGAAUGUGCAGGGUGGUCACGUUCUG